GCCCAGUAGGUGCGUGUCAGUGUGUUAGAGGAAGUUAAGAGCACCACUCACUGUCUCUACUAACUGUAUUACCAUUAUUUUUUUCAUCCACAGUAGACGGAAACGAGAAGAAUGCGCCGGCUGUGGGUCUGGAUGUGGCUGGCCUGCCUAGUCACAAUCAACAAGGUUUAUUCAGAAGGCACAAAGGGAGAGUUGAACAUUUACAAAAUUAUACCGAAGACACAAACUACAGGGACGACAAUUUGUUUUAAGGAUACGAGCGUUACUCCUCCUGACAUCAAGAAGGAGAACAUAACUGUGAAAUGUUGGACAGGAAGUAACGAAACUGAAGAUACUGUAACUGCUUUAACUGGAGAUAAGCCUAAUUAUUGCAUUGAUGUUACACGACCCAUAUCCAAGGCCAUUAAACUUGGAGAUCUGGUACACUGUGUGUUGACGAUAACAAAUGGAACACUUACAAUACUUUCAGGGGAAGCAGAGUUUCCAAUGCCGGCUGAUGAUGCUUUUCCGACGUGUACCAAAGCAUAUUACUGGAAGGACAAUGCGGUAGUGGGAGUAGCCUGCAGUAAGAUAGGAUCAUUCGAUAAAGCAUAUUUUGAUUUAGAUGUAAGUCCUCACUCUAUUGAGAAGUCCAGUAAGGCGUGGUACACUUUGAAGGAUACUGUAACCUCCGGAACUUCUAACGUGUCAAUGUGUAAGGGAGUAAAAAACAAUGCUCCAGAUGCUUAUAACACCACUCUGGAUGUCUGCAUUCCCGCAAUUCCUAUAUAUGAUGCUCCUGAAUCAGAAUUGACCAUAAAGGAAUCGGAAUUGGAGUAUGAUACUGGUACUGAUACUGAUAAGGCGACACUAUCCAUCACGAUUAAUGAUUCAGAAAAGGCUGAUGACCUGGUGUUAAUAAAAGAUGGUGUAAUACAGGUGUUGAAUCCUUCUGUAGAAAAUAAAGCCAAACUGAGUAUAGACAUUACGAGCAGGCCGACCGACAAAAUAUACCAGUAUGAUUAUUUGGUUGUUGAUUACUCUGAUGAUGAUGAUGCAGUGGCUUCCGUCACAGGAUCUCUCAAAGAUUAUCAGUUAAUUGUGUCUGCUUUGACGAGCAAUACAGUGGAAAUGAGAUGGACGCAAGGGGUUCCUGAGUCAUACAAAAUACACAGGGAUUCUCCAGCAAGUGAUACAUCAUUUACUGAUGCAACCGUUAGCUGUACGAAAACACCAUGCACCGGGUACUUUGUGGAUCUUACAAAAUCAACAUCAUACACAUGCUCUGUUUCAAACGAUAGUUCACUUAAUAAGAUUACCGAUCAAGUGACAACACCUGGUUCUUCUACUAGUACUACUCUAUCAGGUCUCUUUAUAAAACAACUCUACUUGAAAUGGAACAGCGAUACAAAUACGGCUGGUACAACUGUGUGCUUCACUCGCAACAACGCUUCCAGUACCGAAGACUUACGCAAUUACGAGCUUAUAAUGAUCAGCAACCUCGGACAGGUGUUGAAAAGCCGAGGAGCGACACGGAAAGCAGACAGUCUUCUAUGCUUUGAAGAGGUGACCCUAGAAACCCGAGUGUUUGACGUGACGGGCAAAGUGGAGGUGAUUGUUGUAAAGAGGGACUCUGGUGGCCAAGCUGUACUUUCGAGUGGACAGUCUGGCGUGUUCUUUAUUUCCCCCAAAGUGGAGGGAGUCAAUGCCCGCACGGCCCGCGUUUCCUGGUACAACCCUGGCGGACACACACUAGCUGUCAGAAGAAAAAACGACCCUGCACCCAUCACCACCUCACACCAGACUACCUUCGUGCAUUACUUCUCUAGGACAUCAGAAGAUAAACUGGUGGUAGACACUGAGGACUCUAAGGUGAAGAUCACGGCUGAAGUUCCCCUCAAUCCUUCUACAGACAAAGGCAUGUGAUCCACCCUACCUUCACACCUCACACUGGGGCCCUGUUGUCCUGAGUUCAAAUAAUUAUGUUUUAUUAUUGUUUGUAGGGAAAUAGGAAACUGAUAACUACUCUCAGUGAUAUUUAUGUAGUCUAAGUGGGGGGGUUUUAUUAUCAUUCAUAUAUAACGAAUAAAUCCGGAUAUAUCUCUAAAUAAAUUCCUCAGAACAUUGAUAAAUAUACCAUAUGUUUUCUCUCUACCAAAUUUAACAUUACAGUACAAUAUUAUCCGGAUGUUGACCAGAGAAAUAUGUCCCGUUAGAUGAGUUUCCACACUUAAUAGUUUAUACUGUGUAGAGGAAUAACCUUCAGACACUUUUUACAAUAAGCUAUAUGGGUAGUUGACCUUCUACUGUUAGGGGUCACAACAAUCAGAUCUGUAAUGACAUAUAAAUACUUGAUGUGUGUCUUGGCGGCCUCACUACCAGGGUUCAUAAGCGCUUCACACUAAGGCUUCUGUGUAGCUUUACGCUUUAGCUACACUACACUACCACCAAAUCUUAUAGUUCAAUAGAAAACUAGUAACACUUAAAAGACUCAGGUUUUAUUAAUCUUCAGUAAAUAAGGUCUUUAAAUGCGGAAAUUGACUUAACAAAAUAAUAAGAUAAAAAUAACGUUGAAAUAAUCUAUAGUGAAAGUGUACUAUACUGUUGUCUUCACUACUGGCGGGUCAGUCGUCCAUAUAUUGUACGGGUGGACGUGAAUCAAUCUUGCUGUAGGAUGUUUACCUAACCGGGACAAGUAUGGCGGUCGGUUCUAAGCUAUUCAACAUAUUACUGUAAUGUGACAUUGUUUUUGGAUUGUUCAUAAAUACUUUAGUUGUGAGUGUAUUUAUAUGAAUGGAACUAAAAUAUAUAAUUAAGCAAACAAAAACUGGCUAUAAUCCCUAACUUAUCUAUAAACAAAACUAAUAUAAUCAGUGUGUAUACGUGACUAAACCUUCAGUAAACAAGGGAACAGCGUGGCCUGCACUGCACUCGAUCUCCUUCACUUCCCCAACUGUAAAGUUAGAUAGCCACUUAAAACCUAUAGGUGGAUUGAGACGCGAACCAGUGAUGCUUAGGACAGGAGUUAAGCACUAUAUCCACUCUGCCACCUCACCUCUUCGUGUACACCUUGUGGCCUUACCAUUAACAGUAUGACCACAAUACCCCGAAAUAUGUGAAAAUCAUAAUGGAAAUUCAGGAUUUAUGAAUAUUUACGGAAAAUACUUCAGGAGAAACUUAACACACAUACUGUCUCUAGUUUCAGACCUAAUAUUUUAUGUCUGCUAUUAGGGGGACGUUUGGGUGAUCAAGGGGAGAGAUUACUCAAAUUUGAAAUGAAUAAAGUGUUUAAAGUAGUAGUAGUAGAAGAGAGAGAGAGAGUGAAUAAAAAUGGUUAUAUUAUUCCCGAACCUAAAAAUAUCUCCUAUAUUUUGACAUAACUUUGUGCUAUACGGUAUAUAUUUAAUUAAUCCAUAUAUUGAGGUUAUAUCGUAUUAAUUAUGGUUAUAACGUAUUAAGGUUACAACGUAUUAAUAAUCUUCAACAACUAUAUAUUUAAAAGGAACACUACACACUACGUCACAUACUAAACAAAUGAUGUAAACAAACUAGCAAACUAAACGUAACAUUUAAACAUCAAUCCAAUAUUUUACACGAUAUAAAAACUCCAGUAAAACAGAUAAUUUUCUCUGUAUCAUUUAUAGGUUAUUAUUAUUAUUAUUAUUAUUAUUAUUAUUAUUAUUAUUAUUAUUAUUAUUAUUAUUAUUAUUAUUAAAACAUUGACUAUUAUUUUUUAGUUGAUAUUUAAUAUUGAAUGAUUUGUAUUCUUUUGCAUGAUGUUAAAUAAGCCAUAAUAAGUUGAUAAUGUUCAAGGUUUUGUUCUAAUACCAACACAAGUUCAUAAUAAACAAAGGGUGUCUAAUCUUCAUGUGAUACACCAAGUUACCAUUAUAAA